UGAAACUGCGUGCUCCUGCGCACUGGACAGUUGAUAACCGCUCGUCCUGAAGUGUUGACACUGUUCACAGGCCUGUCAUGCUGUCAGAUGUGAGCACCAAACUUCACUCUUUAUUUCCGGGCCUCCAUCUUCAAUCUGAAACGCCCGGGGCUGCGCUGCAGCUUCGGCUUCGGCUAUUUGCCACAUGAUUUUUCAUGCCCUAAGUGAGGCCGAGAGCCUUUCCAUAUACUGCGACGUGUGGGUGAUGUGAAUUCUUAAAAUCCUCUUGGCGAUCAUCAUUGUAGCACGGGUUCGAGUUUUGAGUUGUGCUCCAGAAGUUGUACUGAAGGGCUUUAUCUUAUCACUGUAAGGUAGAACUUGAACUUCUCGAAACGACCAAUCGGUCCGGAGUGCAGUAGCUUCGUGGAGAAGACGAUGGCCUUUGUGUGUCCACCCGUUUUAUUUCUCUUUUCUAACACGUCGAUUUCCGCCACGACCCUGGGUAGUUCUUCGCGACUUCUCAAAAAAUCUACUUGGGAGGCAAACGAAAACUAUCUCGACACAACUUCUUCAUCGUCCUCGUCGAACACUACAAUACCAGAACUUGCAGUACGGAAAGCUGCAUGUUAACAAGAAGUUUUGUGUCUCCUUCUACCUCCUACUCCUUGAUAGCUGCGCACGUGCAGAACUAGAACUACGCCGUGUGAGGAAGCCCACAGGAAUUGUCAUUUUUGGGCGAGAUUUUGUUACUAGCGGAGCACACAUCAAGCCGUUAGAGGAACGACUGCAGGAGCUGCACAGGUGAAGGCGUAAGAAGUACCAGACAACCAGGCGGACAACUCAGACGACCACGCGCGCACGACUUUUUCUUACCCUACGACUACGAGCGAAAGGACCACAGAAAAAAGCCGUUUGAUCGUCAUCAACAUUGCCAUCUUCUACUUCAAAAUGUGAUCGCUGUUCAAGAAAGUAGAAGAACAGUAAAUCCAGAACCAGACAGUUCCUAUCCGCGCGGAGGACGGCCUUUUAGUACAACCUUCCUCCUCCUGCAUCGAUCCUGACGAGGGUUUUUCACCUCCUGUCAGAUUUCUUGCUAAAAAGCCAUCAAAUUUCUGGGGUCAAAGUGUGGCGAUUUCGCCAGACUUCCAAGGACAGUAGUUAGGAAAACAGUUGUGCACCAACCGACAACACACGCAGAUCAAUUUUGCGGCAUAUUUCAUCUUCGGAGACGAAUUUAUCGACCGACGACUUGCUGAACCUGAGUUCGUAUAUUAAUUCCAAUUCGACCUCUAUCGCAAGAAAAAAGUGUCACAGUUACACAUUGUGUUGCAAGAGCGGCAAUACAAUCAACCUUCCUCAUGCAGGAAAUGCUUGGGAGCCUCGUUUCCUUCCUGUUUUCCCUUAUGAUCUUCGCACUGCAGGUUUUCUCUGCCACACAGAGAGGAUUUGUGAUGGAGAAACUCCAACAAAUGUGUAACUGUAACACUUUUGUCAUAUGAUAACCUCGGCGAGGACCAGCGGGGAAGCGGAACAACCUGUCUCAAGAACGAGUAGCGUUUUCACGCUUGGGAAAAGGAAAAGCGAAAAGUUGUGCACGGAAGGUACUAGUAUACACAUGGAUCAUUCCAUUCUAGUUUUUGUUGUGAUGUUUUAGUUUUUGAAAGCAAUAACCAUGUUGUAAAUGGUUCGCCUGCCAUGUGGUGAAGCCGCCUUUAAGGCUUUAUGUACAUGUGAAAAAAAAUCUUCUCGGCCAUUAUGAAGACACGAAAAAAAAACAGACCAACACCAUGUCGGCGCACGACGUAGUCAUGAAGACGGAAAAGAUAUCGAUAGGAAGAAGUCGUAGUUGAAGAUCUUCUUACAACCCAAUUGACUUAUUUAUUGCAGAAUCCAUGACCUGGUGAACAUGUUGACGGAAAUAUAUCUAGUACUAUUCUGCAUUCUUUGCGACGAGUCAUGUUCGUUGUGAACAUGAGCUAACAUAGGAGGUGGAGGUCCGGUAGUACAUCUGCAUCAAUACAAAUACAAGCACAAGCUGUGAGCCAGCUAAGAGGACGGUUAGCUGCUGGGAAGAUUCCGAACGAAGAUUUUCUCCUGCAUACUAAACCGAACUCCCGGAGGGCUACCACAAGGAGGACACCCUGUUCAUUUUCGAUUGGUAAGUGAGCAUGUAGUCGUAGGAUAAUCUGCAUGACAACGUGAAUUUUUCAUGCCAGUCUGCGCAUCACAGAGUGAAUCUCAACACCCUAAAUCUCUUUCAUAAAAAUCCAACAGGGACGACACGAUCCUGCCGACAACAUGGCUCGCCCUGAGUAUCCGAAGGAACAAACUUUUGAGUCGCAGCGAGCAGAUCAUUUGUAUUGCAGGUUCUUGUUGUACAGCAAAUCUGAAUAUUACUGUCAACAUGCGUGUACUUGACAAGCCUCGCUCGUCCUGUGACUCAAGUUUAUCCCUUCCAUACGAAACGAGCUGAGGGUCGACAUGCCGGGGGAGGUGCCCCAGAACCUCAAGGCUCAGCUGGACGAUUACGCACCCUGGGCAAUGAGAACGUAUUUUUGUUGGUUUUGGUUCUAUUGUAUGGUGGGACAAACCUCCCACCUUUCCUCAUUUCUAUAGUGAACCUCCUCCUUUCGUAUUUUCAUUAAUGUAGAUGCCUUCUAUAAUUGCAAUCACACAUCGCACCUCGCAACAGCUCCAUUUUUCUUCUGUUCGUGGUCGUUUUCUGCUUUUCUUUCUUAUGAAACCCCGAUGGCAAGAGAAGAGGUUGCGCCCUUCUUCCAUCGCCACACUUCUCUUUCUUCAUCGGUUACCUGCGGGACACCCACCAACUUUUGCAUGGCGUGGAGGUUGCGCAAAAUGAAAGAGAUGCGAUCGCCGACGGGUUUUCGGACCUGGAAGCUGCGUUUAGGAUCUGCUUUGCAGGCGGACGCGGGUCGCGCAUUCGCACGGGUUCCAGAAGAUGGGAGAGGGGCUUCUCGCGAUCGCGGUACCGGGGUGGGGAGAAAUGCAAACGAUUUUCGACGCCACAACGUGGAGGGGAGGGGGCGAAUUGGCAAAAAUGAACACACAAGCACCAGGGGACCAUGUGCAAUGCCCGCCCCCCUCCCUCCUCCGCCGCCCUGGUCCUCUCAAGGGGGCGCCCCCACCCUCGACGAGAAAGCGAGGGGGGCGCGCCAAUGCGGGGGGUGCGCCGGCCUCUAGUCUUUUCUCCAAGUCCUUGCCCCAACUUAACGUAAUCAGCGCGCGCGGGGUUGCAGGUCAAUCCGGGCGCGCGCCGGGGGUUGAAGGUUUUUCGCUUUCUUUAUUACAGCGUCUUGGCACUUUUAGCAUGACAGGUUCUGGCAGAGGCUCCAGUAGCACGGCAAUCUUGCCUGAAUUUGCCAUGCAAAACCUGCAUUCUUUGCGACGCUCGUAUUGCUGUUCAAGCUAGACAAACGACGGAGAGGGUGUGUUGUGCACUCUCAUUCUGCAAGGUCGAGAUUUACCAGGCGGACGAUGUUGAUGCUUUCGGGGACUUAUCCUGUGCAAAAGUAUCGCACUCGUACUAAUUGCUGUUUAUGCAUGACAAAUUUCCUUUCCAAGGUAUUAGCAUGACAAAUUCAAUUUUUCAUGCUGAGAAAAUUUGUAAUGCAAUUUAUACUACGUACGAUACGUUUGCAGUUCAUAGGACUUGAUAAGGCCGAAUUUGGUGGCGGAACUGGAUUACGCGAGUUUGAGCAACUAUCGCAAGGAAAAACUGUUUCACUGUAAACUUGUGAUGCAUAGAAUGCAACAGCGAAGUAUUUGUCUUGCUGCACAUGCAAGACAGUGGGUUUUUAGCUGCGUUUUCCCUUAGGAAACUUGCAUGGCAAAUUUUCUCGGUCAUGUAGAAUAAACUUGUGAUGCAAAACCUGCAAAACCCUCUGGCAAUGAGAACGUAUUUUUGUUGGUUUUGGUUCUAUUGCAUGACACCUUUCAUCAACAAAUAACAAGUUGAAGAUUUUUAUUUCCUUGCGCAUGUUGAAUGAAUAUGAAACACACCGAUUUCCUCAUCUAUCAGGUUAGAGGAGGCGAAAAAGUACGGAAAAGUCCUGAUCGUCACUAAUGCCGAGGACGGGUAUCAGGAGGAACACUGGGACUUCUGUCGAGAAGCAGUGUGAUUUCAUCGCAUGGAAAAAGCGCGUGCAGUGUGAUUUUUGCUGGAGGCAGUUUCGAAUCACGCUCGAAUUCGUCCGAUUUCGGGACAAAGAAAUGUGUAUUUGUGUAGCGCGCGUUGGAAUGGGGCUGCUUCCUUUAGGUAAUUUUUGAGUUUGUGUUGUCCUUAUCACACCUGCGACACAAGUUUUGUGUUCCCUCUCCAUAACGCAUGGAUCGAGCUCACCAUCAAGAAAUUUUUCCCCUCCUGGGAAGACCUGAUGGGCACCAUCCCGUACCAUAGCGCAAGGUCGACCUGGGAACCGACGGGGUGCACCUUGCCCGUGGAGUGGAAAGUGCGUUCCUUUGACCACGAAAUCCGCAGUUUAUGCAAUGCAAAAGCAUCGUGCUAGUAUAGAUUGCAUUACAAAUUGGCGUAGCAUUACAAAUUAAAACUGUAAUGCGGAUUUGCUUUAAAUAAAAAAAUAUUUCGAUUUGUAAUGCAUAAAUGCAAUUAGUACGAGUACGAUACUUGUGCAGUGCAUACAGUUAUUACGACAACCAAAGGGAUCACCACGGGCGGAGCGUGGGGCGAGGUACAGGUUUGUUGUAUCUUCAUGCAGAAUUUGAACAAUUUGUAUCGCGUGUUGGCAUCAUACGCAUCAGACAAUCAAACCAAAAAAAUCCUUAUCACAGACAACGUCCGACGAAACAUCAUUGGGUUAGGCGACUCUACCUCUGACCGCGAGGCCAUGCUGCACGUGACCGGCGGGAAAGCAAACACGACCGGAAAAUCCCUGAAGUUCAUGGAGAGACCGAAUCUAGAACAUUUACAAAAACAACACCACCUGAUCGCCAGUAGCAUCCGACAGAUCGCGCUGCACGAAAAGUCCCUGGAUCUCUGUAUCCAGCAUCAGAUGGAAUCCAACUCGAAUGCGACUAGUAACAACAGUAAAAACACAACUGCGCCGGCAGCUGCCGCGGGAAGCAAUCCGGUCAGUAAUACCAACGAGGACUCACAGAAGACCAAUGACUCGUCCGCAACCAUUCCCCCGCCGACGGACAGUAAUAAUUCCGAGGCGAAGAAAGACAGUGCGAGUUGUGCGGCUAAGGCGGACAAUACUGGAAGCAGCAGUAAUGGUGGUCCGGCAAACCCGGGUAUCGGUGGGGGCAGCAUUCCUACCCCGCAGUCCGGCACGGCGAACGCGCAGUCCGGAGGAUCCUCUAGUACAACGACGGCAACGAGUAUCCACAGUAAAUUUCCUGUACACGUACAAAUGCUGUCUCUGCAUGACAAAAUUUGCCUUCAAUACUAGGCUAGCAUGACAAGUUGUACACUGCAAGUUAGCAAAAUUUGUCAUGCAUUUUGUACAUGUACAGGAUAUUAUUUACAUUGCAUAACGAGCAGUGGCACCGCGAACCUGAAUGCAGCUACGGAAAUGAAUAGCGCAAAAAGGCGGCGAUGGCAAGUGACACCGUCAUUGGGCGGCGAUGUUGGCAGAAGUAAAAGAACAACUGCUGCUGGUGCUGCACCAGAAAUAAACAAGGUUGAAGCUCCAGCAGCUGCUCCUGUUAUGCAAUUUUGCAUCGGAGCGUACAUUGAGCAGCCACCAUUGAUACCUGAUGGAGGCUACUCAACACGUCUUGCAUGACGAGAGUGUGUGCUGUCGUGAGACUUCUCGCCUGCCACUAACCUGAGAAGGUCAAGGCUGUGAAAGAACUCUGCAAGACCACCCAGUACGGAGAUGAUGAUACCCCUACUAGGAGAGUGACAGAAGUUCUUUUUGCUACAGUAGUACGUACAGCAAAAUACAAGCGCCCGUCGUAGCAAGCAAUGCAAGCUAGCACCCAAUAAAUCGAGCUACAAGAUGAAUUUGAAAGGUGUCGGAGCGAGGGAGUGAGUCCGUGUGGUCCGGGGGCGUGCUAGUACAACAAGAAGGAUAGCGAGAGAAGAUUUUGGGCGACAAGAACCGCAAUUCCAGUUCGGAGAUAAUAAAACCGUCCCGCCUACAAGCUACAUAUUUCGUUUCCAUAUUUUUUUGCGAAGCGGUAACCAAGGCAUCCGUGAAUGGAUCAUCAUCCACGGGGUUGACUAAGGAUGUGAAAAAAACUGACUCUAUUGUGGAUGGAACUUCUACUGGACUUUUCAUGGAUCGAGUGGUGGUGCGCGAAAAAAGCUCGGUUUAUUCAUGUUGAUGAUGCUCAUCAUGAAAAAGAAAGUGAAAGAUCAGUCUUCAAUGUGAGUCAGGCACAUUUUCAAUCCUAUACCGGCGAGCAAGGACGCAACAACUUCGGCCUCGACGACCACAAGUGCCAAUCCGGUGGCCUCGCUGCCAACGGCGCAGCAGGUUGCGGCCUAGGUGGUUGCUGAAGUCACGACGCGUCUAGAAGAUACUUAGUACUUAUUUACUCGUCUAGCGAUGUAGAUGCAGCAGGAAUUCUACGAACGAUAGAUCAAGAGCAGCUGCAAGCAAUGGCAGCUGCAAAACCAAGUAGAUGAGGUUCUAGCUAGUAGGGAACAGUAACAUUCGCUGUACGUGUCUGUAUUAAUUGAAAUUUCACGAACAUGAUUUUUCCGAGGCACCGACAGCGCGCGUAUGAUUGGCUUUUAUGUUCUUUGUCGUUUGAUGAAAUUGAAAUCUGAGUGGCGUUGAUUGGUAAACAAAAGCCAAUCGUCGCACACCAGAACAACAACCUUCGCACCCCUCCGGUGCGACGAGAAAAAACUGUUGGCUUCAUAAACUUUUUAUGCUGGUAUGAUUUGAUGGUAGAAUUGAAUUUAACACUUCUAUAACCUCAUUGUUUCGUGGUGCCUUGCAGGGCCCGAAACAGAAGAAACCAACGCAGAAAACAGACUAGUUUUUUGAUGCGAAAAUAUCAUAACUCACUUGUUCGACGAUAAAAGAUUCUCGAUUGUUGGACAAGUACAUCGAUGUCUAGAUAUUUCGAGGCGUUGCUUGAGUAGUCGCGAGGACAACACAUUUUUUACGUAUGAAGGUAGAAGUUUCUUGAAUAUUUACCCCAUGUUGAAUAGCGGAACUGUUUCUUGUAGUGUUGACAAUUGAGUUUGACCCGGAAUAAUAUUUCAGUUCUUUUUUACCGACAACUUUUCCAAAAACAACUUCGACAACUGGAAGACAACUCACCUCGGACAACUGCUCAUUGAGAUACUUUCAUCUCGCUAGCGAGUUUGAUAAAUCCCUUUAGAGCUGCUGCUUUCAUCGGGCGCGCAGCCGUGCUGCGUGACUGAUGUCUACUACAACCUCCUCGAACUAGACCAACUCUAUAUUAGUCAUUGAGAACAACAAUGACACCCCGGCCGCUUGCUCCUGUUGUCAAAAAUCUCUAUCUCCCCCGAGAAAUAAAUCAUGAUGACUUCAAUCGUUUCAAAUGUCUAGCAGAGAAACAAGCACAAGAAAUUUAUUGUGUUUUCACCUCCUGUGCCCAUAAGCGGUUGAUUUUUUUCAAGUUUACUAGUAUACAGAAAUUUAUGUUCUUCACACAACAGAUUUAAAUUCUGGUUUUAAUUUUAAUUUGUGUCGCUUUGUAAACUUAGAGCUACUUUUUCAUGAGCAUUUUACCUCUUUAUCAAGCACGUAUUGAAGAAGCGCUACCCCUGCUACCAAGACCCGCGUCCGCCUGGUGGAUUGAAGAACACCGAUUCGACUAGAGGUGUAGUCUAGGCCUCGAUGCACGAAUCUUCGGAAAAAGAAACACAACGGCGAAGUCGCAGCGAAACAACUUUAUCGGCGGAUGGUUUGAUCAAGGCCCUGCGCUCCGGGUCCAACUUCUCGACGGCGACAGACUAGCAGACCCAGACGAACUACUAGAGGAACCGUCGCACACAAGAAGCUACAUCUUGUCGCGCGGCGCACAACUUCUUAAUUCAAAGUAGGUGCGAGGAGGAUCAUCAUCAUCUGCUACUUUGACUUUGUUGAUACUUUUGAUUAAUAUUUGAUUUUGAAGAAAGUUGUCCAUUUAUGAAUAUUUCUUCGCUCAUAUUGAGAGAAAAAUCAGGUGGAACUAGUAUCCCAAUGACGGAAAUCUAUUUGAAAAAAUGCAUGAUCUACAGCUGCAAUUUCUUUCUACCUAUCUUCUCGCGCCAUUUGGGCUCCUUGCUUGCGCGCGCGGAGGUGGGUGUUAGUUGGUGCUUUCGUGCUGCACGGCAAGCGCCACAAAGCUAC